AUGCACGACACAUCCACGCUACCUUCGCCAGAGGAGCUCAAGAACUUCAAGGAUGCGUACCCUGGAGCCAUCAAAAUCGACUGCUCGGGAGCGUACAUAGCGAACGACCACUUGUUGAGAGACUCCAACCAGUCCUCCAACUCAGGGUCUGCCUCCACAUCGGCCACAGGAACUCCCUCUCCCGAAAUCAGCUCGGAGUCCGACGAAGACGAGGACUCUGUCAGGCUCGCAGACACCUCUCGCUCCGACCACGAAGUCGAUGCCGAUGACGAGGACUUCGACUUCACCAAGAACAUCACCCUUCCACAGCAUAACUCAGAAAUAAUACACAUCUCGGUUGACAUCGGAGGCACAUUGACCAAGUUGGUGUACUUCACCAAGAGUAAGAAGAGCCAGAGUGGUGGCAAAUUGCAUUUUCGGGACUUUCAGACAGAAAACCUCGCGUCCGAAACCCUUCAUUUCAUGAUCAAACUCAUCCAGAAAUCCAUCACCAAGUCCAGCGACCCUCCCAUCACCUACAUCAUGGCCACGGGAGGAGGAGCCAGCAAAUUCUACCAAUUGAUGAACAAAUCGUUCCGCAAGCGCAAACUUCCCAUGAAGAUCAUCGCCAAGGACGAGAUGGAAUGCUUGAUCAAAGGAUUGGACUGGUUGAUCACCAAAAUCCCCAACGAGAUCUUCACCUACGACCUCGAAACCGACCACACCAUCUCUUCGCAUUCCCUCCAGCAUCCUGACCAAAUAUACCCAUACUUGCUCGUGAACAUCGGCAGUGGGGUGUCGAUGAUCAAGGUGACAGGACCAGGCCCAGACGGCUUCGAGAGAAUAGGAGGUUCGUCCUUAGGUGGAGGAACCUUGUGGGGCCUCUUGUCGUUGCUCACCGACGCCAAAGACUAUAACGAGAUGUUGGAAAUGGCCCUGCGUGGUAACAACGAAAACAUCGACUUAUUGGUGGGAGACAUUUACGGAUCCAACUAUAAUAAAAUCGGGUUGAAGUCCAGCCACAUCGCCUCGUCGUUCGCCAAAGUGUUCAAAAAACUCCGUUUCAAUUCUAAACCCAUGACUCCGGCCGAAAAAUUGGCUCAUUUCAGGCCGGAAGAUAUUUCUAGAUCUUUAUUAUACCUGGUAUCCAACAAUAUCGGGCAAAUUGCUUACUUGCAGGCUGUUCGUUUCAACUUGAAGAGAAUAUACUUUGGAGGCAGCUACAUAUCGGGACAUAUGCAGACCAUCCAUACCCUCAGUUAUGCGGUCAAUUUCUGGUCCAAGGGAGACAUGAAGUCGUACUUUUUGCGUCACGAAGGAUACCUAGGCAGUGUUGGAGCGUUUGUGAUGGGGCCCCAAUUCGGAGCUGGUCAACACUCCCCAAAAUAA